AAUCGCUCACUUGUACAACGUCAUUCUGGGGUUAAUUCCAUCAAUAAAAGCCAGAUAUAAUUAUAAAAUUUUGACGAAAAAAGUACAAAAAUAUAGUCAUGAAGUGGUACGAAGGUUCUAUACCAUCUGCUAUUCAAGAAGCAAAGUCAAGAAAUGCUGUUUUUGUGGUCUACAUCACAGGUUUAGAUGACUCUUCGAAGAAGAUGGAUGAAACCUGGAAGGAUUCUGCUGUAGCCGCGGAAUGCCACAAUGAGAAGAUGGUGGUCAUCCGCGUUGAUGCUCAAAGUGAAACCUGCACACAAUUUUCCGCCAUUUAUCCUGUUGUAUGUGUGCCUUCUGUGUUCUUUAUCGGAAAUAGUGGAGUUCCGCUUGAAAUCACUGGCGGUCAAAAAUCCCCGGAGGAAUUUGUCAAAAUUCUACGAACAGUUUCACAGACUCAUAGAGGUGGUACACAGCCAGCCCAACCAGAGGCAGUGAAGCCCCCAGACCUUGGGGCAAGUGGAUAUAGCGCUGAAGUUGAGAGGGCUGAGACUGUGCCUGCAGCUGGUGAACCACAGCCAUCCUCGAGUAGAACUGUUGAUGAUGUGUCAAAGGAGGAAAAGCUGAAGAGAGCACAGGAACUUAUCGAGCAGAAACGAAUUGCAAAGGCAGAGGAAGAGAAAGAGAAAGAAAAACUGAAAGAACUUGAACGAAGGCAGUUAGGACAUGAAAUGAAAAAAUUGCAGGAUUGGAAAGAGGACAAAAAGUUGAAGGAAACACAAGACCAGUUGAAGAGAGAGAAGGAAGAGGACAGGAAGGCCAGGGAACGAGUAAAGGAGCAGAUUGCUAGAGACAGGGCGGAACGAGCAGCCAAAUACCAAAAGGAUAAAGCUGAGAAAGACAAAGCUCAACAAGAGAAAGAAGAAGCAAAGCUUGCUGCGAAACAGGAUGCCAUGGCCAGAGAAACUGCAAGAAAGAGUGAAUUUUCUAGAGUGCAGUUUCGUUUAGCAGACGGUUCGUUCGUCACACAACAGUUCUCUUCGAGUGAUCCACUACAGAAUGCCAGACAGUUCAUUGCCCAGCAUAUGGGUCGUCCUUCAAAUUCAUUGUCAUUAUCAACAACGUAUCCAAGGAGGCUGUUCAAUGAUGGUGAUAUGGGUCAAAACUUUGCUAAUCUUGGUUUGGCCCCUUCUGCUGUGAUAAUGGUGCUACCUAGUUCAUCUCGAUCAGCAUCCAGCACCGGUGGUGGCAAUUCCCAGGGAUUUCUUGGUCUCCUUUUAACCCCAUUCCUAUACAUCUGGGCCUUGAUUUGUUCAAUAUUCAUUGGGAGGUCCCAGCCAAGUGUUAGAGUGACGCCUACAGCUACUGAACCACAGCCAGGAACCAGUCAGGCAUCUGGUGGAUCCAGUGAUACGGGGAGUGCAUACCAAAGAAAGCAACAGCCCCGGAAUUUACGCCAAGAGGGCAACAUCCAUCGCUUAACGGACGACCAUGGGAACAAAGAUGAUGAGGACAUGGGGACAUGGAAUGGAAACUCAACGCAACAAAUGUGAAAAUAAAGACACUUUAAAAGAGUAAUUGGUUUAAAAAGUGGACAUUAAGAUUUCUGAAAUUUGUUGUUCCCUCUUGCUCUGUACAGUAUAAACAUUUUGAGCAAUGUGAGACAUGCAAGUUUUGUGCCAAGUCAACAGUGCAAUGUAACAUUGGACGUGAAAAAGAUGUCAACACAUUUGUCAUGGUGAAGGGACCCCUCCUAAAACCUGGUCACACACUAUGCAAAUCAAUUCAGAUCACACUUCAGUUGCAAUGUCAUUUCAGUAUUCUCAGAAUGGGUGUUAUAAUUUCCAUGGACUUACCGGAACACUGUCAAGAUAAUUCUGAUUUCAUAGUGCAGGAGGGCUGAUUUCUGUGUGGGCAUUAGAACGAGAGUGGAGAUACCAGAUCUGCUUGUAUAUACGGUUACGGCUUUUGUCUAUAUGUUGAUCUGCUUUAUGGAACACUCUGUACAUCUGGCUAUGAGUCGGCACUGUACAUGUAAAUGUUAUGUAAAUGUGCCACAUAAAUGUUAAAUUAAAGAUUUGAAAUUCUGAUA